AAAAAAGUUGUUUUGAGAGGAACCGCUUUCAUUCAUUCAUCUCAAAGUCUCAAUCACCAAGAAGAAAAAAGACAAUCUUUCCCCUAUUUCUCUCUCUGUUUUUUCAGGGAUAAGAGCGAUCUGGGCCCCCAAAUACUUCUGUGUUCAUGUUUUCGUGAAGUUACAUCUCGUAGUACAGCUUUCUUGUUCACAAAUCUAUACUAUUCUCGCAUUACCCAUUUGGUAAAGUUCGCAACUCUGAACUCUGAAACCAAACAUGUCGUCUUCAUCAACUUCAACAUCGACUGCAACACAACCCGCAAAACCCCCAAUAUUGAAGAAACCAAUCCCACCACCAUCAUCGAAUCCAAAACCCAACUGGGUACUCAAGCAAAAAACCCCAAACCUUCAACAGUUGUACACAAUCGGAAGAAAAUUAGGACAAGGGCAGUUUGGUACAACCCAUCUAUGCACAGAGAAAUCCACAGGCAUUCCUUACGCCUGCAAAUCGAUACCGAAGAAGAAACUCAUCUGCAGAGAGGAUUACGAAGAUGUUUUGAAAGAGAUUCAAAUAAUGCACCAUUUAUCUGAGCAUACGAAUGUUGUGAGGAUCAAAGGGACUUAUGAGGAUGCUUUAUAUGUUCAUAUCGUUAUGGAGUUAUGCGCUGGUGGAGAGCUGUUCGAUCGGAUAGUUCAGAAAGGGCAGUAUAGUGAACGAGAGGCUGCGAAGUUGAUUAAAACCAUUGUUGGGGUUGUUGAAGCUUGUCAUUCUUUGGGUGUUAUGCAUCGAGACCUAAAGCCUGAAAAUUUCCUCUUUUCGACUACACAUGAAGACGCUACUCUUAAAGCCACUGAUUUUGGGUUGUCUGUUUUCUACAAACCAGGUGAAACAUUUUCCGAUGUGGUUGGAAGCCCAUAUUAUGUAGCCCCCGAGGUUUUACGUAAACAUUAUGGACCCGAAUCCGAUGUUUGGAGUGCAGGGGUAAUUUUGUACAUUCUACUGAGUGGUGUUCCCCCUUUUUGGGCAGAAACUGAAAUGGGGAUCUUUCGUCAAAUUCUACAAGCAAAACUCGAUUUUGAAUCAGAGCCAUGGCCUGCAAUCACAGAUAGUGCUAAAGAUCUUAUAAGGAAAAUGCUCGAUAGAAAUCCCAAGAAAAGGCUUACAGCUCAUGAAGUUUUAUGUCACCCAUGGAUUGUUGAUGACAAAAUGGCACCCGAUAAGCCCCUUGAUUCUGCUGUAUUAUCAAGACUCAAACAGUUUUCUGCAAUGAACAAGCUCAAGAAGAUGGCUUUAAGGGUGAUAGCAGAAAGACUUUCAGAAGAAGAAAUCGGUGGAUUAAAGGAGUUAUUCAAAAUGAUAGAUACAGACAAUAGUGGAACGAUUACUUUUGAGGAACUGAAAGAGGGACUUAAACGUGUUGGAUCUGAACUUAUGGAGUCUGAAAUCAAGGAUUUGAUGGAUGCUGCGGAUAUUGACAACAGUGGAACCAUAGAUUACGGUGAGUUUCUUGCUGCAACUGUUCACUUGAACAAACUGGAGAGAGAAGAGAAUCUUGUGUCUGCUUUUGCGUUUUUUGAUAAAGAUGGAAGUGGAUACAUAACAAUUGACGAGCUUCAACAAGCGUGUGAAGAGAUGGGUUUAGGUGAAGUUCAUCUUGAUGAAAUGAUUCAGGAAAUCGAUCAAGAUAAUGAUGGACAGAUUGAUUAUGGGGAAUUUGCUGCGAUGAUGAGGAAGGGUAAUAAUGGCGGAAUUGGGAGGAGAACUAUGAGAGGCAACCUAAACCUAAACCUAGGUGAAGCUCUUGGUGUCGUGGCACCUCAAGAGCCUAUAACAAAAAAUCACACCACUGAAAAAGUUGACAUUUAGUAAUUAAUUCCUAUAAUUUGUUACUAAUCUCUUAUUUUAUUAUUAUUAUUAUUAUUAUUAUUAUUAUA